CGAGAACUCUAUCUUGUAUUUCUAGUAUCUUUGCUCUAUGUAUCUAGUCUAGUAUCUUUUUUGCAUACAGUCGCAUCCGGCCGGUCGCGCUCUCCAGGCGCUGUUGUUGCACCACCGCCACCGAGGGCUUGAGAUAUAUUUGGAAGCUUUACAUCUGAAAUGUCGGGGAACAGUGACAAAAACCUGUUUGAAGUAGCUUCACUUCCAAAAGCUACCCUGAACAAACUUAAUGACUUUCGAAGGAAUGGCAUUAUGACAGACAUUUUUUUAGAAGCAGGACAAGACCAGAUACCUUGUCAUCGCAAUGUCCUCGCUGCAUCAUCUAAUUAUUUUUAUGCUAUGUUCACAAGCAACAUGAGAGAAAGACAUGAAAAUGUGAUACAUAUAUCGAAUAUUGAUGCAGGCACUAUGUCAGUGGUUAUUGAUUAUAUAUACACAGGAAUGAUCAAUUUGAGUCCUGAAAAUGUUCAGUCUGUUUUUGAAGCUGCCUGCCUACUGCAACUUAUUAAACUGCAAGAAUGCUGUUCUGAGUAUUUCAUCCAAAAUCUUGAUGUCAGUAACUGCUUAGGUGUUCACAAACUUGCAAUUAUGCAUUCCAUGUCUGAGUUACAAGUUAAAACAUUGGAAGUAGUUUUGCAGUCAUUUGCUGAUGUUUUACAAGAGGAUGAUUUUCUUCGACUUUCAAAGGAACAAGUUAUAGAGCUGUUAAGGAAAGAGGUAGUAGUUAUAAGUGAGAAUCAAAUAUUUGAAGGGCUGAUUAAAUGGGUAGAACAUGACACUGAUACACGGCAGAAAUAUUUGCAUGAGCUUCUUAAAGAGAUACGUCUUGUACAUAUGAAGGAGCAGUAUUUGCUAAACUCGGUACUCCAGCAUCAUUUAAUCGAAGGAAGCCCUCAGUGUCGGGAUGUGAUCAGCAAGGCAAUGGGGUUUUGGAAUCUUUGUCCAGAUAAGCAAAUUGAAGUACAGGAUGAAUUUCUCUGUUAUCAAGCAAGACCAUAUCGGGAGAAGAUCUUUAUUAUUGGAGGUAAAGAUGGUGACCAAAAUUUCCAAAACAACAUUUUAUCUAGCAAUGAGAUUCACCUUUCAAUGGAUGGUUGGAAGCUUGAAGAGAAGUUACCACUCCAGUUACAUGACUUGGAUCUCAUUGCUACAGCAUUGGAGGAUUCCAUUUUUAUUAGCCAGCACAAGCCAGCUAUUCGUAUGAUCCCAAGUCAAAUGUCAUCAAAUCGCUGGAUUUAUAACUUAAAGGAAAGAACCUGGAAAAAUAUUCAGGCAUCACCACUGAAGUUUCGGUUCGAAUUUGGACUCGCCUACCUUGAAGGAUUUGUGUAUAUCAUUGGAGGAUAUGAUAUCAAUCAAAGGAGAAUAAGCAAAGUAGAAAGAUACAACUGUCAGACUAACACAUGGGACGAGGUUGCCCAGUUACCCAACCUUGUUGAUUCUUGUGUUGCUGCAGAGUGUAACCGCAAAAUAUUUGUGAUUGGUGGUCACAGCUCGAGUAGCAAAGCAGAAACCAUGGUUCAGAGGUAUGAUCCUUCAACUGACCGCUGGAUGAUGAUCAAUCCAUUGCCUUGUACGAUCAGUAUCAAAGAUGUGUCUUGCCUUUCACUGGAAGGCAAGGUUUAUGUAUUGUAUUCUAAUCCAGAAAUCCAUGUUCUUUUCUACAACCCAAACAAACGUUCAUGGCAAGAAUUAUUGACAUGUGAAGGAAAACAGGUGAUGUUUUCAUUGUGUAGAUACCAGAGGUGCAUAGCAUUGAUAGGUGGUCUGAAAGGAGAUAUUGUGGAUGUGGAGGUUGUGAAUACAAUAGACAUCUUGGAUCCAAAGUCAGGCAGUUGGAAGUAUUUACCAAAUUCAGUUAUUCCUCGAUGUGCCCAUCAAUCUCUGUGUUUUUUAAUGUCUAAUUUAUCAUGAAAUUAACUGAUGAAAUUACUUGAUCUUCAGUACGUUAUUAAUUCAUUGUUCAUGAUUUGGUGUGGAAGAAAUUUAUGCAUACUUUAUUAAGGUAUGCUUUUAUAUACAUUAACAUAAAACAGACCAUAAAAUUGGGGAAUUAUGAGCAUUGAACCUGUUUUUUAUUUAUUUAUUUGAACCAUAUUCAAUAAGGGUGAACAAGCGGAAGCUGAUCAUUUGGGACCAGCCUCAACUAUGCCAAUUCACUGUUAACAAAUUGUGUAGCCUUUAUAAUUGCUUUGAAGACAGCUAUUUUUUUUUGCCAAGUUCUUGUGCUAAAGAAGUCCUAUAGUCUAUAUGACAUGCCAUAAGCAAUACACCAGCUUAGUUUGAAAUGUGUGAAGGUUUCAGAAUUGUAUGUACACUUGACCAUAAUCUGGUACUACUGUAAUAUAAUUUGUAAAUUUACGCCUUUGUAUCAACUGUUUCAUUUAAUUCUGUAAUUGGGAAUUAAUUUAAAAGAAAUAAAGAAGAUUACGGUACUAUAAUGAAAUGAAAAGGUUCAUUUAUAUAAUCAAAAUGGUAAACGCACUUCAUCAGAAUGAUGUUGAUCGUGCAAAUGCAGUAAGAUGCUUGCUGAUUGUUCUGUGGUAGCAGCAGCUGUAGAUCUGUUACCUUUUUAAUGUUUCUGCUUCAUUUGCAUCAUCACUAUUAUCUUGGUCCAUCUCUAGUUGGAACACAAGUCUACAGGUACCUGUACCCUUGGCUCACACAUAAAAAUACUUCAAAAUUGAGUGAAUCCCAUAGAAUUAUAAGCAUGUGUUAGUUUCUCGACAUGAUCUGUCCAUCUUGGCUUUUGGUGAGGUAGAGUUUCCAGCAUAUUCAAGAGGCUGGAAUUAAACCGUUCAGUCAUACUGUUUCCCUAAGUGUUGGAAGAAGUGGUACAUCCGCUUCAAACCAUUUCCCCUGAUCACUGUACACUAUAUACAGUACGUUCAGGGGUACCAUACUGAACAAUACACAACACCCAGGCAGGAUACUGCAGUCUAGUCUUUUGUAGGAUAUGCCUGGGCAUAACGUUGAAGUGGUAGGUGAUGACGAGAAAAUACUCUAUUCCUCCGGAUGAAUCUUCAAGACUAAGAAGGUCUAAACAGACCAACUCUAGGGGACGAAAUGCCAUGCUACCUGUAAGAAGUGCUGUAGAUUUUGGGUCUUUUGUUUUCAGUAGGGUCUAAUUUUUGAGCGAAGCCCAAUUCAACAAGUUCCUUCAUCUGUUACUGUUACGCAUCAGCCUGGAUCAUAUUUUUCUUCCAUCAUUUUUUCAGUCUGAUUAACAUUUUCUCUACUGGUUUUCGGUUAUCUACUAGUUUGCUAGGCUCCUUCAUCCACUGAUAAGGAACAGUCCAUUGAUUGUCGUCCUUUACACACGACUCCUCUAUCGGCUUCGCUUCUACCUGUUCCUUUGCUUUCAUUUCAGCUUUACAUUGACAAGAAGGCACAUCCACUCCCAUGGCCUCCACUGUUUAAAAGUCAGUCAGAACAACAGCGGUCUUAACUUGAAAAUUCAUAACUGUUUUAUCCAGUUUGGAUCCAUUGCCUCCUCCAAAUAUAGUCCAUCCAAGCAGGCUAUAAUAUUACCAACAUUCCAAUAAUAUAGAUGGCGCUAUAAACGAAUUAAUCACAAAUUCUACAGACAUAGUAUCUUGACAGUUGCAGCCCAGAGAACAGCUUUAAAAUCAAGUUUAUAUGCAGGGUAGCGCUUCUUCAAUGUCGGAAUCAUCACAUAGGACUACAGUAUAGAAUACCACAUUUCCCCUCUCUAAAAGAAUAAACUAUAACCACAAAUUAAAUAAAACACUGUAUACCACAGGUAGGCAAAGCCCAACAGCAAUUUUUAGAGGCCCGCGAAACUGAAUUAAAAACCCUAUGUGUGCGGCCCACCAACCAUCUUUGGCUAGAAAAUUGAGCAUAAAGCGGUAUAUAAAAGCAGUGCAUGAAGGCUUUUAGAAGUGCACAGGAAACAUCAAAGCUUAGGUGCGGUCCUCGGUGUUAAACCAAAAACUCCCUUUGGCCCUCCCCUGCUGUAUACCAAUAUGGUUAAGCAAUGAUAAUAUCAACUCAGUUUUAACAUUUCCGUUAUCUACCCAUAACAUUUCACGAGUCCACUUUAUAGACCAACUUUUUGUCGAAUUUACUCUUAACCUUACAUCCAUUCCAAGGCUUUUUAAUUUGAAAAAUAUCUCCCAGGCUAAAAUUUCAGGCUUUCAUGCACUUUCGUUUAUCAUACACCAUUUUAGACUUACUGACAAUUUCAACUGGAGACAUUAGUUUAGAUGGUAUUGUUAUCCCAUUGAUUAGCAAAGUCCAUUCACAACAUGUUUGACUGGACCUAUACCGAUUCGUGCUGUUUGAAUUGUUUCAUUAAAUAUUCAGUUAAAUCAUUUUAAUAGUGCUAUUUCUUUCUUGGUGAUGGACCACAAAAAUCUAUGUUUGAUGUUACGUUUUUUAAGAAAUUCUCUAAAUUCUGGCUAGUUAACAGUGUUCCAUUAUCUGAAACUUGUUUCUUCUUGGUAUCCUUCGCAACUGAAUACCUUAGUCAAAAAGCUAAUCACAAUUUUGGUUGUAAUAUUCAAACGGAAUGUAAACUCUGGCCAUUUAAUCCGAUAAUCAAUUAAUGAAAUAAUGAAUCGCUCAUUAGAAGGUGCAGAAUAAUCUGGACCUAAAAAAUUAAUUCCGAGCAUUUGCCAUGGACGUUCUGGUAUAUUGUUGUGUUGUUGUCAGCCAUCUGGCAAGUUAAACAGCAGGGCAGCUAAUGCCUGUUUGUCCUUUGUUUAUUUCUCACACCAUGUAACAUUCAGCUUUGUGUUAUACAAGUUGUUUUAUGGUGUUGUUUAACUGUGUAUGGUUGCACAAUCACAAUUGAACCUUGCAUGCGACUUCGACCACAUAGGGCUAGGUCCUUACUUGGGACAUCUUCAAAUCCACCUUUCCCCUCUAAUUUAAGAAAAUGGAUUGCCACGAAUUCUUAGAGGCCGCAGUGCCAGUUGGCGACGCAGUGCCAGUUGGCGACUCAGUGCGGAGGCUCAGUUUUUGUGUUUUGUUGACAGUACACUGGAAACACUUCUUGAUAGCCCUUCAAAUCUGUUCGGCCCCGGGCAACAGAUAGCAUACAUUAAGAUGUUAACUCUAAGAUAGAUACAAUGGGAUUGUAACUUCUGGUAACUCCCUGGUGAUUCCACUGGUCAUGCAACAUAUUUACUGUAGCUUCACAUGUGGUCUGGUACAGCAUACUGCAUGAUUUCAAUCAAUGACUUUGCUAUAACAUCACAUCUAGCAUCAAACUUUUUUCAGAUGACUUUGUACUCUUGGACUCUAUACUAAACCCAUUCCAUCCUCUUAGCCAGCUUUUGACUUCUUUGGCAGCAGCGCAUCAUUAUGGUGCUUGUUUGUUAAAAAAAACCCUCACCAGUACUUUUCAGCUUACAUUUCUUCCAUAGGCGUAGAUCCCGGGGGGGAUGGAGGGGAUAUAUCACCCCAAUAUUUGACAAGGGGGGGAUGGUCCAUUGUAUCAUCC